AUGAUUGUGUCUUACCAAGUAGUGUGUGUGAUCUAUGCAGCCGAUGAGGAAGCAGAGGAUGGUGUCCCAGGGCUACUCUCGCAGCUCGUCUCGUUGCCAGGCCUGAAAAGAGGCCGUCUGGUCAAGCAGUACAGGCCCAGGAGUGGUGAUUACCAGGAUGUACCCACCUUAGCAGAGACAUCGUUACCUUGGCGGCGCGAUGAUGAGGGAGGUCUAACCGGAAGCCCAGAGAAGAAAUUAUCCCGGGACUCGACUGCAAGUGAUGACACUCGAGUUACGACUCCGACAGCCCUUGAAACGUGCCUACCAUGGAAGCGGAAUGAUGAGGGAGAAAUAAGUACAGGUCCAAUCAAGCAAUCGGAAUUUCCUCCCUGGUGUUCUAAUAAGGAAUAUCUUGCUUACAAUUCUCCUUCAGCCACAUUCUUAGGCACGCUUGAAGGUUCCCGAAGAGGUUCAUUAAUGGGUUUAUUUCGAGUUACACCCCCAGAGAGUCCUCAAGCAUCAGUCCUUCUCAUAGAGGAAGGUGCAUCUCUCCUUGGUGCUGAAAAGAAGGGAAGAAGAGGCUCUAUGCUGGAGCUGUCACAUCACGAUGAAGAAUACCUAAUAGUUGGAACGACGGGCUCUACACCAUCACUUAGUGAACAAUGGUCAAGUUCCCAAAGAACGACACAUCGUCAGAGCUCAUUGCCUGUCAACACUUCAGUAGAAUCUUUCACAUCAUCUGCUUCAUUGGAUGGUUCGCCAAGAACCUAGCGGUUAGCCCUUGCUGGCCCCAGUUCGAGGGUCACCAAUCUCUAGCAGAUGUACAAUGACAAUUGAGCAAGGUUUAAAAUGAUGCUUGAGAAACCUGUUUAUGCCCAAUUUUGCUCAAAGAUACCAGAAGAAAGAUUUUUUCAGUGUUCAACAAUAACAUUGUUCACAAAGGUGAAAAUGAGAGAUGUGGUGUGCAGAAUUUCUUCUAUUUAGCAUAUUCUAGUUUCAAUAGACAAUAAAGAAUAAUUAAUUUGACUGCUGAGAAAUUUCACAUUUGUUCUGCAAGUUCAUUUCAUCAUGAUUUUUAAUUACUUGUAUUUACUAUUGUUUUUAAAUAAUGAGGACAACACUACAACUAGAAAAUUGGUUGGCCUAAGAAGUAUUUUAAGUGCAUAGAAUCAUUUUAUGGCCUUAAAAAUUUAUGGAAUCUUCCUUAGUAAUUCAUGUAAAUUAUUAUAAAAUGUAAUUAGUACAGCAGACUGUAGAUAUUUUGAGAAUAUUAGCAAACAUUGAUUUUCAAAUUUAUAAGAUUGAGAUAAGUAUAAAUGUAUAUAGUUUUUAUUUAAAAAAAAAAAGUGCUUAUUCAGUCAUUUUUAUUAUAAUAUUCUCUUUCUAUUACAUAUAUAGUAAUAAGAAGGUGAGAAAGCAGUUAAAAUUUUUGUUUUAUUUUUAAUUAAUCAGCCUACUGUAAUUUUAAUAUAUAUAUAUAUAUAUAUAUAUUUUUUUUUUAUUGUUUUGUAGAUAAAUGCUUGUAAAUAGUUUAAAUUUCCUAAACAGUAAUGCGAUAGUAAACAUAACAAUUCCAAUGGCAAAACAAAUUAUAUCAUAGUUAAUUAAUAUUGAGGAAUAAUAGCAAGUACUAUAUCGCUACAUAUUUAGACAACCUAAAAUACUAGUAAGCAAUAAUUCAAAAUUAAUAUUUAGCAAAAGAAGCAAUUGUUCAAACUUUUAAAUCCAUAUUUUCUAGAAUUAUUUUAUUUUUUUAGUGUAAAUAAUGUAUAAUAAAAGUUGCAGUUCUGUUCAAUUUAAAAAAAAAAUUAAUAUGCUGCGGAUAUUUUUCAAGUGUAGUAUAGAACUUAACAAGGUAUCAUGGUGCUUUAUUUAAUAUCUUUAACUGUAAAUACAUUUGAUAUAGUUCAAUUUCUGAUUCUUAAAUAUAAAAAUAAAGUUAUACUCAUUAUUGCUUAUUAACAGGAAGAAGUGUUCCACAUUUUACAGGCCUAGAUAGAAAAAUAGAAUUUCCCAAAACUGCUUUGUAAUAUAUUAGACAGUGAAUUAAUAUUUUUUUAUUUGACAAAGCACUGUUAAUAAUUAAUGUAUGUGCUAUUAAUAUAUCUAUUAUUUUUUUUAAUGAGGCUUGUGUGAAUGAAACUGCAUUUUGAAUAGAAGGUAUAUUAGCUAAUGUUUCACUUUCCUAAAGUUGCAGCAUGAUAUAUCAAUUUUGACAAUUUUCAAUAAUGCCAAAUUACUAUUUUCUGUUCUUAAUCCCCCCAAAAAUAUACUUUGGCUACAUGAAUCGAUCUCUUACAAGAUUUUAUUUCAAAAUAAUUCACUGAGUGGCAACAAAAGAAAAAUACUAACCUUUAAAUAAAAUCAAGUUUUUAAUUAUUAAUUAGAUGAUAAUUAAUUUCUCCUCAAGAUUUCCAAUCGAUAACAAAUUAACUUGCCCCAUUAACACAAAUUCAUCCAAUUACUGAACUGAUUAAUUAAUUAAUUAAUUAAUUUUCUAAUUUAAUUUAUUUAUAACAACUUUUAUAAGGAAAUCGUCGGUUUCUUGCAAAACAUCACUAAGUAUGUUUUUGAUGCAGCUAAACUUUUGAUCACGUUUUAGUGAAUUCCAACGUUAUUAAAUGAAGCAAAAACAAUACAAAUAUAAUAAAAUUGCACCAACCCUUUUUUAAAUCAAAAAUAGUUUCAAGAAGUGCAUAAUGUUCUUAUUUCACAAAAGGAAAAUUCAUCGAAGUGUUUUGAUUUAAUAUUAUAAAAUAUUAAUAAUAACAAUAAUAUUAUGAAAUCUUACUUAAUGACAUUUUGCAAUGAACCGACAAAAUAUUUUAUAAUAGUUAUUUAUACCAGUAAAAUUAAUCCUACCAUAACUAGGAUAUUAUAUAAUCAGUUAUACAAUGUGAUAACAAUAUGAAAUUAUGUUAUAAGCCAGGUAAUGUGACUAAUUUUUUUAAAUAAAGAAAUAUAUGGAUCAUGAUUAUUUAAUGUGUAAAUAUAUAACCUGAGAAUUUAAUUAUUUAUUAGGAACAAAAAUAAGGGAAAUCAGAGAGUGAAUUCAGUAGAAAAAUAUAAAUCAAUACAUUUAUGCAGGAAUAUAAUUGAAGAUAUACAAUUAAUUUUUUUAUAAAUCCUUUGCUGUUAUCUUAAAAUAAUUAAACAUUAAAUAUAAUUUAAUCCAACUCCAUAAAUUCCUAAUUAUUGAUAUAAAAUUCAAAUUAGGUUUGGAAAGAAAUCAAAGAAUAAAAAUCUAAAGACUGUUCUGUUAGAAAGACAUUAUUAUGAAGUAUGUCAUGGGCAAAACAGGUAGAAUUGUUAAUAUUAUCGGCUCGGCAUGAUAGCUGCGAAUGUAUGACACACCUAUUGUAGUUAAUAUUACUGUAGUUACAUGUAGAUCUUGGCUUUGAGGUGAAUACAGUUUUCCUCACAAUAAUAGAUAAACAUAUUUUUUAAAAUUACUUCUGAGAAGGUUGAUGUUUCUGAAACUAGUCUUAAUUUAUUUUAGAAAAAUAGUUAAGCUUAAUAUUUAGGAGAUUAGAUAAUUUUAAUCAUUACAACUGCUUUUUAUAAUUGUUGAGCAUUCCACUAUAGAAUCAACAUUGAUAAUUUGUGAAGAUAGUUGAAAUAGGUAUAUUGAAAAUACUAAAAUUAUUGAACAAAAGUCAAAUAAUUUUAUUUUAUAAUAUAAGUAAUAAUUAUUUUGUUAUUCGUACUAAACUUUUAUAGUGGAAUCAAAUACUUAAAUAAUAUGAAAUUUUAAUUGAUAUAGUUUUAGUUUACAAUGUAUCUGCAUAUAGUUUUGUGAUACUACAUUUAUCUCAUAAAAAAUAAUAUCAUGUUUUAUGUGAAACAUGUCAUACCCAACUAUAAAAUGUUAUAACUAUUCUAAAAAAUACUAAAAAGCUCAUAAGAACUUCUCUUAUGUUUUAAAUGUGUAUAAAAUAAUGUCUAAUGAAGACAAAAUUGAACCGCCAGUUGUUCCGAAAGGCUGAUUCUUAGCUCACUUAUGGUACUUUUCAAAGUAUCAUUAUAAAAGUUUCACUUUGUUGAACUUCAUUUGAUAUUAGUCACUAGGUAAGAAGAAUGCCAGCAAUUUUUGUAGCAAACGGUAUUAGAUAUAAUUAUGUAAUUAGUUAUAUACUUUGUUAUCAGGAUUUAAUGAUAUAAGUAAUGUAAAAAAAAAUUAGGUAAAAAAGAAGUUAUAGGAGAUAAUAAUAAAAAAAAAAAAAAAAAAAAAAAAAAAACGAAUGUAUCUUGCCUGUUGCAGAUGAAAUGUAUUAUUUACAUACUACAUAUUGUGAUAUACAUAUACAUAUUUUUUAUAAAAAAUUUAACAAAUUAAGUUAUCGAAAGCCCAAUAAAUUGAAUUAAUAUUAUUAGACAAUAUUAUUUCAUUGAGAAUUAAAUGUAAAAUAACAUUAGGCAAAUGAUUCUCAGAAGUGAAAGGUGCAGGAAUAAAAGAGAAACUAAGAAGUAUUUAAAUAAUAUAGAGGCUUUCUUAUAAUGUAUUAAUAAGCUUUAUUUCAAAAUGUGUGAAAUUAUUGAAGUGUUGUUCAAACUGUUAUUAAAAAUUAUAAUUUUUUAAAAUAAAAUUAUUGGGCAGUUCUUGCUAGUAUUUUAAUCUAUCCCUUCCCUUUCUAGGAGCUCUUUAGUUAAUUCGAAAAGCUAAUAAGAAAAAGAAGACAAAAGACAAAGAAGCAAAAUAAGUAAGAAAUAUUAACAAAUUUUAAUAUAAAGAUCAAAUUGGACUAUCACAGUCACUUAAUUAAACAAAAAAACUGGUAUACGUGUCUGCAUCUGUGGUUUCAUUCUCUAAUUUAGUUUCAAUAAUGAUUCAAUUUAAUUUGUUUUUUGUAAUAUUGUAGUUGUUCUUAAGUAACUAUUUUUAAAUUUUCAAAUAUACUAAUGAAUUCUUAUUUUAAAAACUUCUAUGAAAUUAGCAUCAUUGUAUUAAUAAAAAUAUAUAAAACAUUUUUUUUCAUAUAUUUCUUUUUUAGAAAGCUUGUGAUAAACAUUAAGUUUUUAUUUUAUUAAUAAAAUAAUUAAUUGUGCAUUGAAUUUGUUUAACUCAAUUAUGUAUUUUUGAAAAACCAGAAAUAGAAUUUUUCUAAGAAAAUUUUAACUCUUUUUUGUCAUGCUCAAGCCAUUUAGUAAUCACAAGCAUGAAUUUACCACCCACAUUUCAUAGACAUUUGAAAGUUUUUCUAACAAUCAAUCUAAUCUUAGUAAAUAAUUUGAGCUGAACUGAGGGAAAUUUAGCACAAGAAUAAAUAAAAAAAACAAGUGAAAAAUUGCUGUUAUUUUUGUUGAUUGCUUGGUGAGGAGUCAAGCAAAAACUACAAAACAUUAUAGAUAGAUAGAUAGAUAGAUAGAUAGAUAGAAAAAAAACUUUAUUCUGGGACUAAGUCCCUUCAGAAUAACACUAAUGUACAAAAUAAUAGAAUAUUACUGGCCUAAACGUUUGAAACAAUAAAUAAAAUUGAUAAAAUAAAAUAAAAAGUAAAGAAAACCUUAGGUGCACAAGCUAUAUACAAUACAGAUAAAACUAUAUACAGAGCAUUUAAAAUUAUGAACAAAACAAUUAAAACUAUGAACGAAUCACUUGAACUAUGAACAAAACUAUACAUAAGGUUUGAACAACAGAAUCAUACACUUUGAGAAAUGAAGAACAAAAAAGAGAUAGAAUGAGUUCAUUUCAUAAAAAAAAAAAAAAAACAAGAAAAAAAACUUUACAUGAAUAUAUAUAUAAAAAUAAACAGUUAAUUAUAAUUGAAUAAAAAAAAAAUGUAUGUAUUGAAAUUCCGACGUCGAUAGUAGGAAAUGCAUGUACUAUCUCUUACCAAGUAUUAUGAUUAUAUGAUUGCUACACAAUACAUAUAUAAUAUUAAUAGUUAGCUGGUAUCUGACUGUUUUUGGAACAGGAAUUGGAACAGGAGGUUUUUGAAUGUGUAUAGGGAAGGGGCAUGUCGAAUUUUGAUUGGGAGGGAAUUCCAAAAGUUGACAGAGCGGGCUAUAAAGGAAUUUGGAAUGAGGCAGAUCUAUGAGAAGGGAUGUAUAGGUCAGAGGGUCGGGAUCUUGUAGUGAGGGAAUGGAUUGAGGACUUAAAUUGGAGAAGGUUGUAGGCAUAAGAAGGACGAUGAUCGUUAAUGAUUUGAUAAAGGAAAGUGUCUAGGAAAUAUUGUCUUCUUAAGAAGGAGAAGAGCCACCCUAACUCAGUGCAGUGGUGGGAGACACGGGAGCAUCUCGGGGUCCCAAUUACAAAUCAUACGAAGCUAUUCAUAAGUCUUUUGAGUCUAUCAGGGAGUUCCACCGAGAGGCCAUCGUACACCACACAGCUGUAGUCAAAGAGGGGAAAGAUGAGAGAGGAAACUAGGAGUCUAUGGGUAUUUUGGGGUAGAAGAUGGCGGAAGUGAUGGAAUAGUUUGAGGGUAGAAAUUGCACGGCGGGAUAUAUGAGAGAUAUGGUGAUUCCAGGAAAGGGUUUGAUCUAUGAGAAAGCCUAAAUUUUUAACAAAGGGAUAGAAGGUGAUGGGGUGGUUGUUUAGAUAGAGUGAGGGAAAGUUGGUGUGGGAUCUAAGAAGGGGCUUGGAACCAAUGAGAAUGGCCUGAGUUUUGGCAGCAUUUAGCCUUAAUCCAUUUAAGUUGGCCCAGGCACUAAUUCGAUCUAAAUCUUCUUGAAUUUUGGCAAAUGCCACCAAUAACUCAGUGGGAGAAAAGGAUAAAUAGAUUUGAGAAUCAUCGGCAUAAAGAUGGUGGGAACAAUGGAUAAUUGAAUCAUUUAGGUCAUUAAUAUAAGAGCUGAAAAGAAGAGGAGACAUGCUUGAACCCUGUGCAACUCCAGAGGAUAAAGGAAGGUAGGCAGAUAGAGGUUGAUUAGGUAUGGAAACUGCUUGGGUUCGUUGUGAGAGGAAAGACUGGAACCAAGAGAUGGAACUAUUGGAGAAGGAUAAUGAUUUUAAUUUGUUGAAAAGGAUGGAAUGGGUAAUGGAAUCGAAAGCUUUGAAGAAAUCAAGAAGUAUAAGUAUGGUUAGUUAUCUAUUGCAGUAUGGUUUUUGUCAUCUAUUGCAGUCUGAAUAUCACUGGUAAUUUUAAUCAGAGCAGAUUGUGUAGAGUAGCCAGGACGAAAGCCAGAUUGGAGAGGAUCGAGUUGGUUGGAUUGUUCAAGGAAGUUGGAAACUUGGGAUUGCACUAACCUUUCUAGGGGUUUAGAAAGAUUGGAAAGGAUUGAUAUUGGGCGGAAAUCUUCGGGAGAGGAUGGAUUAGGCUUUUUGUUUAAAGGAAGGACAAUGACUUUUUUCCAAGAGGUCGGGAAUAUUGAAUUCUGCAGGGAGAAAUUGUAGAUGAAAAGGAGUGCUGGGAGGAUUUCAGGGAGACAUAAUUUUAUUAGUUUGAUAGGAAUGCCAUCGGGGCCUACGGAAUUGGAACGGGAUUUCAUUAUAACGGUAAUAAGGUCUGUGGGAGAAAUGUCGGAAAAACAAAAAUUAACAGCAUGUAGCUUAAUAUUGGUUUUCAUUUUAUUGAUUCAAGUUAACGAUAUACAAAUGGCAUAUUAAAUGUACUGAAUUGGUUUAAUUGAUGCAGUAGUGAAUCCAACAGUUUUUUUUCUUUUUUUUUUUUAUGUUUAAAUGGUCCUUGAAGACCUGUAAAAUAAAAAAAAAACCUAGCCCCACCCGACACCAAAACACAGUUUUUAUGAGAAUAAUAAUGCUUUAACUCAGAUCACUAACAGAAACAAUUAGGGACCAAUAAAAAUAUAUACAUUCUUCCAUUUUUAAAGGGCUUUAGCCUGAAAGGACUACGGAUGGUAAAAGCUGCAGGUGAUAUCAUUCGAGAGAAUAUUUUGACACCAAAGCCAGGGACAUGGCGAGGAACCAAGGGAUAAUUUUCCUGGCCCUCAUCAAAUAUUAAAUUUACCAAUAAAACCCUACUGAAGCCUUUUAUAAUAUAUGUUAAAAAAAUAUUAUGUAUAGAUAUUCCGUAAUUAUUAAAUGUUAUCUUUACUUUGUUUUAAUCUAAAUUCAGAAGUUGAAAAAUACAAAUUUUUAGUCCAGACCCCUCUUUGGAGAAUGCCACAGUGCUGUCUGGAUAAGUGGCCUAAUAAUUUCUGCAAUUUGACUUUCCUCAUUCAUUUCUUUGUAAUUUUAUUAAAUUAAUGUUUAUCUAGGAAAAACCACGUAGAUGUGUGGUUAAAGAAACUCCUCAUACAGUGAUUUCCAUCUAACAAGAGAGAGAUGAGUUCGACCUGAUGAAAAUUUUUUUUUUCAAAUAUACAAAAAUGGCUAAUUACAAAUCCAAUUUUUUGACCUGAAUACACCUUAAUAUGAUUUUGAAAUAAUUGAAAAACAGCAUACUUUUUGUAGUUUCUUUAGUUUUUUGAAACUUCAAAAAUUAAUUGAUGUAACAGAAUGUUCUAUUAAAACAAAUUCAAUCAAUUUCCGAAAAAAUUACAAAAUAAGCUCAUUUUAGAGGUUUCAGCCUUAAAAAAAAAAACAGCAAUUUUUUAGCAAAUGCAACACGUUUUCAAAGUAGGCUAAAUAAGCUGCUAAGCAACAUUAAACUGUUACCAGUCUACAGCAAAGACAAAUUCUUAGGACAACACAUUGUAAAAAUGUAUAUAUGUAACGAUUUUUUGAGUGACUGGCUGGACCGAUAUUUACGUUUGAUGGUUUAACACUUUUAACGACCACAGCGGGCAUAUAUGCUUGUUCACUCAUUUACUCAAAGGACCACCACGCACAGUGGGACGAGUAAGGGAAAACCUGCGACAUUGGUUAAACCUAUUCAUGUAUUUAUUUUUUCAUAAUGAUGUAGUGAUGGUUGACCGUGAUAUAAUAUGAGAAGGAGUUGAUUGGGGAAGAGGAGGGGGGAGCGGUCAAAUAAAUAAUAAAUUUUAUAAAAUAGUUAAAUUUUAUAAAAUAAUUAAAUAAUUAAUUAAAAAUACCAUUUUAUAAAAUGUAGUAUUCAUUUGACCGCACCCCUACCCCCGAUCAACUCCUCAUAUUUUUUUUUCAAUUGAACUAUUCAAUAAAAACAGUGAAAAUGUAUAUUCUGCCAACUGAAAACAUUCUCGGGAACUCCACAAGGUAUCAAUAAAACAGUUUAUCUAGUUUUUGGAGUUAUAAAAAACAAUAAAUAGAUUUAGCCGAUUUAGCAAGUUUUCCCUUACUCGUCCCACAGUGCGGCGGGCGCAUACGCCUGAGAUUCACAAACAAGCAUGUUUUUGUUAAAAUUUCCAAAAAUAAUCAAAAUAUGAUGUCUUCGUCACAUCUAAUGCUACCUAUAAAUGAAUACUACAUCCACUUUGUCUCACAUUCUACAUCCAUUACGAAAUGUGAUGAAUUCGCCAGUUGUAAAUGUGGUUGUGACAUAAAAUUCUUUAAGCGCCCUUAAAACCAUGAACAACAUGUAUACAGACCACCAGCGGUUCCAACCGGAGGGCACCUCCCUCUCCCCCCUACCCUGGAAGGUGGAGAAAGUACUUGGUUCCAUGCUGGCCCCUUUACUCACUCUCCAUCUAUGCUACAGACACUCCACUUUUAGAAAAACGGCCUUCUUUAAUAAGCUAUAAGUCCAUAUUAAUUACGUUGAGAUAAGAUGAGAUUUACCACAAUUUAUGUAAAAAAAAAAAAUUAGGUGAUUUGAAACCCUGUCACCUAAAAAAGUACUCAAAUUUUUACCAAAAAUGACCACAAUACAUUAAUGGAAAGCUUUAAUUUCUUUUCUUUUUUCAUUACCUGGGAUGUAUUAUAAUGAAGUUAAAUUCAUAAAUACAAUUUUUGUUUUUAAAAUAAUGUCUUUUUUAAAAAUAUUUAUCAACUAAAGGGAUUAUGAAACUUUUUUUUACCCAGAACUUUAUAUUAGGAGUUUAUUUAAAUGCAGAAAAGACCAAAUAAAUGAUCUAAAGACUGAUAUUUACAUUUUCAUGAAAAUAUUGUAAGUAAUCAGCAGGUUUCUUUAUUUUAAACGUAAAUAUUAGGAUUGGAAACAUUUAAUUGGUCACUCAUAAAUACGGAUCAAUUUCUAUAAUUGAAAUCUUACUAAUAAACAAAGUUUCAUAUAAUAUAUUAAAAAAAUAUAAAUAAUAAAAUCCAUACAUCUUUUUUUACUUUUUUUAGUUCUUAUUUACUUAAAUCAAUCUAUAGCUUACAAAUUUAAUCCCAAAAUAAAAACACAUGUAAACACUUUAUUCGGUAAGAAUUAUUAUAAAUAAACCAGACGAAAAGCUGCAGUUGUUUCCUUAAACCAAUACAUGCUCAAUCGGAAUGAUAUAUUAUCAUUCCAACCUUGAUUUGGAACAACACUAAUCGUUCCAAUUCCGAAGCUUUUCCAUUACACCAUAACAAAGGUGAAAUGGUUUCCUGGAACCAAUUUGAUGUUCCAUUCCGUUCUGAUCUUGACUUGAAAAAAUACCACAAGUUCCAAUUCUGAACCAUUACCAUUACAAAGGUCUUCUUCCUCAGUACUCAUAAAUGGCAUAGUUAUAGUGUUAUAAUAAAAUCAAUAAAAGUAAAGAUAAUUUUAUAAACUUUAAUUUACAAUAGGAAAAUUUUUGCCUUCCAUGCACCGUUUUCGAGAUAUAAGUGAAAAUCCAAAAAUUAUGAUCUUUCCUCCUCCCCUCUCCCCUCCGGGAAUCCGAGUAAAUAGAGAGACGAGGAAAUUUGUCCACAAAGUCAAGGACUUUAAAACAACAUAUAAGCUAAAUAAAGCAAUUAUAAGGAAUGAGAAUGGUGGGCUCCUUGCAGCAACUGAUGAAGUAAUGAAAAAUGGGAGAGAUACUUCAGUGAGUAGUUGAAUCUUGUUCAUGAUUGGGGCAAAUGUGAUCAGGAUGAGAAAAUAUUCCCGAAGGCAGAGGAUAUUGCAGAGAUCAUAAAUGGACUGAGAAAUUGUAAAGUGUCCUAAGCCAUGGUACUCCGCAAAACAAGAAAAGAAUACAGGGAUAAUUGUCCAAAUGUGUUGAGACCCAAAAUGAAUACUGAACUAUCCAACUGGUAGCCCCUGUUAUGGCAAGAAUACUCUGGAAAGUGGAAGAAAUCCACAGUCAUCCCAGUAUUCGAGAAGAAAAGUGAUUCCACAGAGUGCAACAAUUAUAGAGGGAUUAACCAGUCUCUUAAAUAUUGCAUAUAAAAUCUUCCUAAAUAACAGGUUGAUACUCCCUACAUAGAAAGCAAAGUUGGUGAUUAUCAAGUAGGUUUUUGUAAAAAUAUGUCUACUAUAGAUCAAAUUUUUACCAUUAAACAACUGGGUGAAAAGAUGUAUAAAUUUGGCAACCCUUUAUACUUUUUGUGGUCUUUGAGUUUAUAAUUCGGAAAUUAGAGAGAAACUUUACUGUGCAAUGAUAUACUGACAAAGUAACCCUAGAAAACUUAUUGGACUAUCUAGGAGACCAUGGAAAGGAAUAUUUGCCAAGUCCAGAGAAGUAGAAAGAGUAGCGACUCAUUUGGUUUGAAGACAGGGUGAUGCACUGGCACUACUACUAUUUAAAAUAAUACUGCAAAGAAUUGUUAGCACGAUAGGACUGAACCAUGCAAUGCAAUAUUUACGAAUAGGACAAAUCCUAGCUAUAUGCAGAUGGCAUCGUUAUUAUUGCGAGAUCACAAGUUUCUCUGGAGGAAGCCUGUAAAAUAAAACAGGAAGCAAAAAAUAAAGACGGGGCUAAAGAUGAAUACAAAAAUUAUGUGCAUAAGCAAACAUGAUAUGCUUCCAAUGCCUGGAAUUUACAAUAACAGAAAAGAUGGAGGUGAAAGCUGAAAUAGGAUGUAGAUUAGCAGCAACCAAGAGAGCAUAUUUUUCCAUAUCCAAAAUUAUUAGAUACAGACUACUAAGUCACACUACAAAAAUAAGACUGCACAAAUUUCUUGUAAGGUCAAUAGCGACUUAUGCUUGUGAAAAGUGAACACUUAAAAAGUGAGUUCUACAAAGGGUUAAUUGCUUCGAGGCAAAAAUUCUGAGACGCAUUCUUGGACCAGUAAAAGUCAAUGUCAAUAAAACUUGGCAUCUAUGCCGAAAUGAGGAAUUGUAUGGUGAAUACCAGGAUCUGAGUACCUCCAACUUCGCCAGGUUGCAGAGACUAAAAUGGAUUGGUCACAUUAUCAGGAUAAAAGACUGCCAAAGACUUCUGUCCAGAAACACGCCAGGUGGAAAGAAAUCCACAACACACUGGGAGGAUGAUAUCCUUAUAGACAUAGCGAUGAGCGUAAUAUAUGCUGCGGAAAGGGUCAUUUGGGACAAAAUGAUUGAGCAUCCCAAGGACUGAAAAAAAAAAUGGAAAAAUGCUUCAUGCGUUUGUCAUACUAUUAGAGAAUAAGCAUGUUUUUCAUAUUGUUUCAUUUGACCUGGUGAUGUAUUUUCACAACAGAGCCUAAUAUUGAAGCCAUAUUUAAUGAAAACAAUUAAAAGUUCUAUAAUAAAUACAAUUUUUUUACAUCAUGUAUGAAUUUUUAUCCCAUUCUCUUAUGAAGAAUCGUUAUUUUCAAGUAACAUUUAGUCAUAUACUGAAUAGAAUUCUAUCAAAGCACCAUCUAUUUCAAUAAUAUGGAUAUACAAAAUCCUAUCAGAGGUGUUCAUGAAAACAUUGAUAAAUCAAAAUAAUUAAUUUUUCAGAAAACCAUGUGUUUUACAACCUUCCCAAUAUCCUGCAGCUUGAUUUUCAUGUGAAAAAUUGUAUUAUCUUAAACAUUUGAAUGAAUAGAAGUACCUACCAUUUGUAAAAAAAAAUUAUAUUAAUUUUAUUUAGUGUAACAGUUAAUACUGAUAUGAUAAAUAGAACAUCAACAUACAAUUUUAUACAUAGUAAUUGUUGAAUUGAAAGAUAAUAAUUGUACAAAGUUACAUGAAAAUAAAUUAUUCAUUUGCCUUUUCUUAAUGCAUAAUAAAGAUUAACAACAAAAAAUAUACAGUUUAUAAAAAUUACUAUAUCUUUAAUGAUAAAUGAGUAACACGAUGAGAGUUAAGAGUAGAUUUGUGAUGAAAACGUUUUCCGCAAAUCACACAUUCAAAAGUGGGCUCCUUUCCACAUUCAUAUUUUUUAUGCUGAUUAAGCCCUCGUUUUCUCUUAUAGGAUCUUCCACAAUUACCGCACAAGAAGCGUUCUUCUGUUUAAAAAAAAAUAUAGCAUUGUAAAAAAGAGGAAAUAAACAACAAAGGAAAAUUCAUGAUUGAGUUAAUAAGUUUUUAUAUAAUCUUAAUCAUAGCUUUGAGAUUGAGCAAAGGAAAAGUCACAUGUAUACACUAAUAACAAUAAAAUAAUUUUUUUCACAAUAAUUUUAUUAUGACUGUGCUUUGAUUAUCAUGACAGAAAUAAGAAAUGGUUUCUUGAAACAUAACAGUAGUAUAAGUUUUUGGAAUUUUAAAUGCAGCUAAUAACGCAUACCAAAAGGAAAAAAUACUCCUCUCUUUGAUACAAUGUCUAAGGCUGGCACUGAGCACGUGAAUUGUAAAAUUUAAGAGUAACGGAAUAGCUAUUUUUGAUUUAUCAGAAGCUUCUUAUAAAUAUUUAGACCCUGCUUUAUUAGUAUAGAUUGUAAGAUUUUUUCACAAUUUAAAAUAAAAACAAUUUUUGCUCAGCAAUACUACUAAGUUUCUUAAACAAUUUUUAAAAAAAUGUUAUAACUUAUUUAAAAAAAUCAAAUAUUUCAAACUCGAAUGAAAUAAAUUUUAAAAAGCUACAAAUUGUUAAAAGUAUUAUCUUUUUGUAGUAAUCUACCUUUUUUUUAAGAUAAUUUUUUCAUGAACUUUGGAUACUUGACCUAAAAACAUGAAUUUAAAUAUUAUUUUCACAAUACUUCUUAUGGUUCUAAUACAAUACAACCUGAGCUAUUACAUUCAGAUAGAGGCUACUUGAAAAUAUUAAAAAUUGCAAAUUUUCAUAAAAUCUAAGUGCGGGAUAGGAAGAUAUGGGAUAAAUUUGAUUGCCCCAUUUUUUUAUCUGCCUGAUUCAUAUAUUUUCCAUAGUAUUACUAUUUGAAAAACAAAUGAUGUUUUUGCAAAUGGUCUGCGCUCAUCACAGAAUUGGACACUGCACUCAUCUAAGUGGUCUGUGCUUUAUUUCACCCAUCCAUGGCUAUUGUACCAGGCCACUCAUCUCUUCCACUUUUUUUCCCAUAUUUUUAUUUUAUACUGAAAAUUCGAUUCAUUUCAUUAAAUCUUUGCUAUUUAUUGCAAAUUUUUCGUAAUUAUAAUAACUAUAAACAAUUAUUAUUGAAACUGAACAAGUUUUUAAUAACAGCUACGGAUAUAGACUUUUUAAAAGAAACAUUUGAAUAGGUGAGAAGCAGAAUACAUUCAAAAAAUAUAUUUAAAAUAUGUAUACUAUAAAAUUUAUUGGUGCCAGGCCCAAUUGCAUUAUGCUAAUAAUUCAAGAACUCUUACAUAUAGAAUUUUUAAAAUAAUUUUUCAAUAGAAAAAUUACUUAACCAAAAUAUUUGUUUAAUAACUAUUACAUAUUAAACACUUUUGUGAUAAAAUGUAAAAACAUCGCGUUUUCUCUUUAUGCAUCAAAAUUAUUAUAAUUAUAUAACAUAUAAUGUUUUUUCAAGGAAAUAAAUAUUCCCUGUUUACAUCAUCCAUUUAUUCAUAAUAAUACAAAAUACAAAAUAACUUUUCAAGCUCCAUUGACUCAUUACCAAGUUAUCUAAAAUCUUCACAUUUUCUUUCCUUAUUCAAUUAUUUCUUACUAAUCUAAUACUUUCCUGAUUCAUAAUUGGUGAUUGGUUGACUGUCGUGGAUAAUGAAGAGAAGAAUAGUUGGGGUGGUCAGUUAAAAAGGAAGGCAAAAAUAAAUGUUAAUAUUUAUUUUUUACAUAUGCCGACGUUUCGACCUGAAGUUCAGGCCUUCAUCAGGGCUAAGAAAAUAACCAGAUAACAAGGUAUGAGAAACAUAAGUAAUGAUGGUAAAAAAGAUAAUAAAAAAUAAAAAAAUUAGAAAAAAUAAAAUAGAUAAAUAUAAAGUAAAAUGAUAUUGUUAGAAUAAUGACUAAGAGCUAAGAGAUAAAUAAUAAAAACCGUUACAAAGUGUGGAAUGAUGAAGUAGGCAUAAUCAAAAAGGGUGACAAAAGUGUUACAAUGCGAAUCUUAGAAUAAAAUGUAAAACAUAAAAAAGAAAUAUGAAGUUAUAUAAGUAAUGAAAAUAAAUAGUAAAAUUAAAACAUUGAAAAUGGAGUAGUUAGAUAGAAAGUUGAGAUGACGCCACCUACACAUCUCUUCUCUCUCCCCCUCCCUUGUAACGACUUUUAUUCUCCCUGCGACGCUUAAGGAGACUGGUAGAAUUUCUUUUAUUUAUUUCUUAUUUCAGCUUUCUCAAUUUCUUCCCUCCUUCCUUUCAUUCCUUUUCUCUGUUUUUAACUCUGUAUUAUAUUAUACAUUGUCUGUACAUCUUGAUAGACUUUACAAUAUCUCAAUUUUCUAUCUAACUACUCCAUUCUCAAUGUUUUAAUUUUACUCUUUAUUUUCAUUACUUAUAUAACUUCAUAUUUCUUUUUUAUGUUUUACAUUUUAUUCUAUGAUUCACAUUGUAACACUUUUGUCACCCUUUUUGAUUAUGCCUACUUCAUCAUUCCACACUUUGUAACGGUUUUUAUUAUUUAUCUAUUUUAUUUUUUCUAUUUUUUUUAUUUUUUAUUAUCUUUUUUUACCAUCAUUACUUAUGUUUCUCAUACCUUGUUAUCUGGUUAUUUUCUUAGCCCUGAUGAAGGCCUGAACUUCAGGUCGAAACGUUGGCAUAUGUAAAAAAUAAAUAUUAACAUUUAUUUUUGCCUUCCUUUUUGACUGACCACCCCAACUAUUCUUCUCUUCAUAAUACUUUCCUGAUAUUCAACCAUAAAACUCAAUUCAUAUUUUUGGUAUUUUAUAGUUUUCUUUCUAGUCUCCACCUAUAGCUUUUUCGUAGUUCACUUUAAGCAAUAAAUGGGAAAGUACUAUCUUGUAUAUUAAUUAAUUAACAAGCAUUUUAUUAAAUGAAAAGUAAAAUGUUUCAUGACAUGAACUGUGUUUUACGGUUGAAUAUCAGAAAAUAUAGUAAGAGAUAAUUGAAUAAAGAAAAGAAAUGUAUAAGGAGAGUUUUUAUUUUAGAUAACUUGAAAAUAAGCCAUUGGGCUUAAAAUGUUGUUUUGAUGGCAUACAAAUUAAUGGAAGAUGUAAAAAAAACAUUAUAUGAUAAUUUAAGAAAGUACCUUUGAAUAAUAGUACUGUUAUUAGUAACUAAAUAUAUAUGUAAAAAUAACUAUAUCUUCAUGGGUAGAUGGGUUAUCCUGUGAGUCUUAAGAGUAGAUUUGUGGUGAAAACAUUUUCCACAAAUCUCACAUUCAAAAGUUGGCUUCUUUCCGCAUUCAUAUUUUUUAUGCUGAUUAAGGCCUUGUUUUCUCUUAUAAGACCUUCCACAAUCACUGCACAAGUAGCGUUCUUCUAUUUAAAAAAACAAUAUUUUAUUUGUAUUACAAAAUUGAUGAAAAAUGAAAAUUAUAAAUAACCAUAACUAGAAUUAGUUUUUCAUUAUCCUGAUUAAAUCAUGAUACUGUAAUUAAGCAUUAAUAAUUUGACUAUUACAAAUGAAAUAUAAAUUAUUUUAAGAAGAGUGAUACAAUAAACUUGGCAGAAAUGCUUAAGAAUCCAAUAACAUCAUAUAAAAAAAUAAAUAACGAAAAUCAAACAGGUCUAUUCCUGAAGGACAUUCAUUAACAUCACAGUGUAUAGGUCAAUUUUUUCACAAGUUACAACAAAAAAUAUACUAAUCUAGUAAUAAUAAAAAAAUGAAAUCCCUUGAAGAAAACAUUUUUGCAUUGAUUAUAAUAUAUAUAUUAUAAGUAGAUCAAAAACAAAAAGAAAAAAAUAAGAUGCACUUUCAAUGUAGUGAUGAGCAGAGAAGCAAACAUGAUUUGUUUUUAGUAAUCACUUAUUUUAUUUUAAAGUAUAUUGUGAACAUCCCCAACAAUAAUAAAGAAAUAAAUAACAAACUUAACAAAAAAGUCAUAAAAUAAAAUUAGUGCCUGAAGAGAACAUGGCGAUCCAUGUGUUGCUUAUAAAAAAAUCGCUUAUGGCAAUAUUGGCAGUGAAAAGAAGGCAAUUUUCCACAUUCAACUUUUUUAUGUCUGGAAAGAUGACACUUGUUUUUAUAUGACCUAUGACAAGUAUAACACCAAUAUCUUUCAACUUGGGAACCUGAAACAAUUAACAACAACCUAUAAGAAAAAACUAAUACAGAAAUUUUAUUUUAUUAUUAUUUGUAAUCAACAGAUCAUUUCUUAACUCCCU